UUCUGCAGUGUCAGUCGUCGAGUGCACUUUGAUGAGUGAUUUGGGACGCGGCCGGUGAGGGUUUCGCACCUGCUGCUGAAGGACAGAGCGAAGAGAAAUCAAGUGUUUCGUGUGGAAAGUGUGAGCUGUGUUUGUUUUUAUAGAAUAACAAACAGCGGAGAGAAAGAAAGAAAGAAAGAAAGAAAAGAGGGGAAAAGACAGACCGCACCACAGCUGGAGUGAGUGAGUGAGAGUCAGAGAGUGUGUAAAAUGGCCGACGCGUUCGGAGUGCACGCGGAAGAAGACCCCGCGGCCGAGUUCCUCGCGCAGCAGCAGCACGAGAUCGCCGGCCUCGAGGACGAUGAGAACGGCUUCGGCUUCCAGUUCGCAGCGCGCGACCAACAGGAACCCCAACCGGCACAUUCCAGCCCCAACUCUCUCCAAGCAGAUGAGUUUGGAGGAGCAACUAUGAAUGGAGACCUGUUUCAGGAGUCCAACAACGGAGCGGACGGCUAUGCGGCCAUCGCCCAGGCUGACGUGCAGCGGCAGGAGCCUGAAAGUUUACGCAAGUGGAGAGAGGAACAGAAGACACGGCUGGAGCAGUUAGAUUCAGCAUCCAAGGCCGCAGAAGCUGAGUGGAAGGAGAAGGCAAAGAAGGAGCUGGAGGACUGGCACGCUCACCAGCAGGAGCAAAUGGAGAAGAAUAAAGUCAACAACAGAGCGUCAGAGGACGCCUUUGUGAACGAGUGUAACGACGACACCCCAGGCACCGAGUGGGAGAGAGUGGCACGACUCUGCGACUUCAACCCCAAGACGAGCCGCCAGACGAAGGACGUGUCCCGAAUGCGCUCUGUCCUCAUUUCCCUGAAACAGACGCCGCUGGCUCGUUAAGACCUCGUCUCACUCCGCCUCACGUCUCGCCUUCGCUCCAUCCCUGUCUCUUCCUUCGCGCACUUUAUUUUAGCACACACUAAAUGUUUGGGUUUUCUUUCUGUCUAUCGUUUAAGGUGUUUAACGAGUUCAAACUUUUUUUUUCUUCCCUGUUACACAUCUGUAUCAACUGACAGAAAAGUAUUUUUCUGUUUUUAUGCAAGAAUUGGAGAAUUGUGCCUCUCGAUUCGGCUAGUCGUUGAGGAUCGAGUGCAGGAGCGUGAUCCUCGGAGCAAAAUCAAAAGCGGAUCAAACCGACACGAGACUCUGGGUGGACAGAAAGAUAGAAACGAUGCCGCCACUGUAUUUGAAGACAUGUUGCGUAUCAGAACCUUGAAGUAAGUUCAUAUUAAACAGCAAAAGCAUUAUGACCACCUCGACAGUCAGAUGUUGACCAAAAAAAAAACUUGAAAAAGGACCAGAAGGGAAAAUUUUGCGCAGUUUAAACUUGAUUGGCUAAACGUUGACCUGGAUCAUGAGGAGGCUCCCUUAUUCUGAGAAUGUUCCACUUUUAAACACUCGGAACGUCACAACAUGUUGGCUGAAGACAACAAUUGAUCAUCUAUCCAAAACGCCGACCCAAACUUCCGAUACGGUUCACUUUUUUUUGGUGUCAGAGAAUCAUCCAGUAUUUCAAUCUCGCAGUGCGCCAUAAUACCCGUCGUGUUUGCUUUGAUUCUCAAGCACACGUUCACUGAGAGAGCCAGCAACCUGAAAGUGACAGAUUACUCACAGGAGGGGUUUUUUCAGCUCCUCCUUUUCAUUUGAUUCGGCUCACGAAUCGGAGUCGACUCCCAAAUGGCUCAUUAUCACUUUUUCGUCAGGUUUGCGAUAUUUUCAUUGUUGAUCCUUGUCUGAAAUCUCAACAUUCAUUCGAUAUCACUAAAAAAAAAAAACGUUGCGUCAGAAAUAAUUGUUAAAAAUAAAAUCAGCAAAGCAGGGCUUCCCCAGAGGGAGAAAAAAAAAAAAAAAAAAACAGCAGAGCGGUGCAACUGAUGCGGAGCCCGGCCCGUAAGGCUGCUGGGCCAUAGAAGGUUCACGCUGCACGCUGCAUGUUGCACGUUCACGUGAAGAACCGGACCCUGGGCCAUUAAACUUCAUGCUUGGAUGUUCACGUGUUGCGUCUGUUCUACUUUGACCGAGUAACCAACAAUAUGGACUCUUCGGAUGACGACGAUUGCCUCAUUCUGCUUUUACUGAGACAGAGGAAGAGAAAAAGGAACAGAAUUUGGAGCCGAGAACACUUCCUUCUGAGAGAAACCCGUGGUGAAUUUCACCGAACAUUCUAUAAUCUGCUUGACAAUCCCGAUGAAGAACUAUUUUUCAAUUAUACCAUUCAAUUAUAUUUUUUCUGAAGUUUUCCCCUGAAAGCAUAGCGUUAUCUCCCUAGACCCGUUCUGAUUGGCUGGCGCGGCGGUGACCGCAUGCAUUGACUGGAAUUUCCGUCUUCACGCCUAGAAAAAAGUGUGCAUGUUCAUUUCACGCUUCACGCGUGAAGUGUGCAGCGUGAACGCCGUUCUAUGGCCCAGAGCAAGUCAUGCUACGUUUGUCCACUUUUCUUUACACGCGUGUAGCGUGCAGCAUGCAGCGUGCAGCGUGAACCUUCUAUGGCCCAGCAGCCUAAGGGCUAGCCGCUAGCUCCCCCGGAAAAUUUUGAAUUUCAGACUUCAAAUAGUGCCUUCUGAUGGCAUCUCGUGCUAAUUUGGGCACAAUUCAACAUGAUUUAAAUUUGCUGUUCUUUUACCUUGUCAAAUAUGCAAGAGGCAAAAUUAGAUUUGAAAUGAAAACACUGGAAACAGUCAAUUCAGAGAAAUAUUUCAUUUUAUUGCACACACAAAAAAACCCGCAUAUUAUUUAACGAGGUUAAAUCGCACAACAGCGCCAUCUAGCGAUCAACACUGAACGUGGUUUUGUGUGUGGUUGCGAAUGGCAGUCAGUGCACGCAGUGAAACCCUGUAUUUUCACUUCUGGGUUGAGUCCCAGGAUAGAUUAGAAUGAUAUAUUACAAGAACUGACGAUUUAUAUAGUUACUCAUUUUCAGACGCUAGGAAGAGAUAUUUCGGUGCAGAAAGUACUCUGCAUUCGGUUUAUGGUACUAGGGGGGUUUAUUUAUUUAUUUUUUUUGGUGUACGAGUGACAGCGCGGCGGAGCACCGCAUCUCCACGUUUUGGGGAAAGCCCUGCGACAGCAUGACAAACGUGCAUACAAUAAACACUCGUUUUAAUUCAUCGUGAUCAGAAUCGUCACUGUUCAACACUGACUCCAUGGUCCAGUUGGUGAAUUGAAGAGCUUUCCAUGGGAACAAAGAUUACACAUUACCGGUUACCUCCUCACAUGCGACUCGGUCAACGUUGACGGCAGAAAGGAUUCACUGAAUCGACACGUAAGGAACCGAUUUCUCUCGUCACGCAUUCGCUCUCCAGGCAGCACCUUCACACUGGGUUGUUUCAGACCAAAGAAUUGAACUGUGUGCGUUUCUGCGAGUGCUGGACGAACCCAUCUAACAGAGCGUACAGUGUUAAGUUGAUAUUCGUAUUCAUCCUCAUUCAUUCAGCUGCGUUCGAUCAUGAGAAACAUCAAAAAUGUAAACCGUCUGGGGAACCAAACCAAACCAGAAUGACAUGGGGAUAAUUUUAAUCGCGCUAACCCGACAAUUCCGACAAAGCUCCGAUUUGAAAACUCGCAGAUCGUCUUUGACAAAAACGAGGGCGUUUUUGAAUUCCCUCUUCGUUCGAAGCGAACAACCUAUUCGGAGAUACUGUUGCUCAUCAUAUUGCUUCGUGCACGUUUGGAUAAUUUUUGCCCAAGCUCAGGAAGGUUGGCAAUACUUCGAGACUUGUAUCCAUCCUCAGUUUCCUAUUUCCAUCACACCUGUUGCAUCAAGUUAAAUCCCAUUUCCCACAAAUAUUUCUGGAAAACUAAAAUAUUUAAGUAGGUCAUUUGUUCAGUGGAUUAUUUAUUGGUGGUUGUGUUUUUUCCCCAUUCAGCCUCGCUUGCAUCGAUGAUAAAAUUUCAGAUUUGAGCUGGAGGAGGCUUUGCUUUAAUUAGGAUUUCAGCUCAAACCAGUUCAGAUAUAAUUAGUCGAGCAUGUGUUCAAAUGUUACAGAUAUUUAUAUUUACUAUCAUGUACAUGUAAGCUUUGAGGCCUUUUCUCCAAGACAGAGAUUAAAAAACGAGAAAAAAAACUGUUACUUGCCUUUCAGCGGACCAGAUUGUGGCUGCCAAAGACUAUGUUCAUGCCUGACUAAACUAUAAAUAAAAUUUUGGGACAGUUUUCCA